AUGGUGGCGCUGGAUGUCGCCCGUUCACCUGCUGAGGAUGAGGCGGCGGGCCAAGGAGAUGGUGCGGGCCGACGGCCAAGGAGGCGACGGUAUUUGAUGAAGUGGUGGAGCCGUGCUCUGUGCCUUCGUGCAGCGAUCUCGCGGCGGCGGCGCACGACUAACACCAUGGUUUCACCUAACGAUUGCAUAGACUAUAUGCUCUUUUCAGAUCACUCCUACUGCAUAGUCCACGCCUGCAACGCGACUCCUUCCGUAGCAGUUUGGUGA